AUGAGAAUUACAAGUCUUAUAUUUACAGUUUUGGCUUCAAGUGCAGCAGUAAAUGCUAGCAGUUGCUGGUAAGAUGCUUAUGGAAGAGGUGUUGGAGAAGUUAUUACAACUUGCUCUAAUGGUCUUUAAAAAGAUGGUGCACUUUGCUAUCCAUACUGUAAUUCAGGAUUCUAUGGAGUAGGACCAGUUUGCUGGGAAUCAUGCAAAGAUGGUUAUACUGACACUGGAGUCGAUUGUUUAAAGCCUUCCUCCUAUGGUAGAGGAGCUGGCUAUGCUCUCUGGAGCUGGAAUCAAUGUUUAAAUGAUAAUCCUCAAGGCUGUGAACAAUGGGGAGCUUUGUAUUACCCUAAAUGCAGACCAAACUUCCAUAAUGCUGCUUGCUGCAUAUGCUCUCCAGAUUGCCCAUCAGGCUAAGUUGACAUUGGCGUCUCUUGUCAAAAGAAUACUUAUGGCAGAGGUGUUGGAGUACCUCUCGGUUGUGCCUCAGGUCUUGAAAUGUCAGGAGCUCUAUGCUACCCUCCAUGCUCAAAUGACUAUCAUGGAAACGGUCCAGUAUGCUGGUAAAACUGCCCUGCUGGAAAGUAUUCCUGUGGAGCUCUCUGCACUGAUAGUGCAGAUUAAUGCUCAAGCAGUGUAAAGAAUAUUGUUUAAGAUAUUUUCGAAGCUGCUGUUUUAAUUGCUGUUGGUGCCACCACUGGUGAAGCUGAUAUUCCAGGCAUUCUCUAGAACCUAGGAGGAGCCGCAACUGAGCUUGCUAAUGCUGUGUGCGAUCACUCGCCAAGAUUGGAGUUUAUCUAAUGA